UCUCGUUCCUCUUCCUCAGCUUUUAAUCAUCUAUUUCAUUUCAUUUUGUUUGCUGAAUGCUUGCUCCUUUUCUAAUGAUCUUGAAUUCCUUACGUUUUGCAAUUUGGAUUUGGAGUAUUCGGAAAUCUUUUUGCUUUGAUUUCUCCUCUUGUUUGUUAUGGUUGAGAAACAACUCAACAUGAGGUCUUAUCAAUGGCGCUUUGUAGAACUGGGCUGAACCCAAUUCCGGGGUGUAACAGCUUAGCUUAUUCAGCUCAAAAUUUGUCGACAAAACUUGUUCUACCUGUUCCCCUGCGUUUUACUGGACAAUUCUCUAAUCUGGUCAGGAGAAACCGCAAGGGAGUGUGCUGCUUUUCUUUAAGGAAUGCUGCAUCUGCAUCUUCUAUGGAGUCACAGGAAGAUGCUCCAAGUGCAUUUUCCGUUUGCUUGGAGGAGGAACUGGAUCAUGUAAUACGAUUCAAAAUGUCUGACUUCAAGAUUUUAGAUCGUGUUAGCAUUGGCCUUGGUGGGCGGUCGGAUGAGGUAGUUUUUGAAGGCACGGUGAAGGAUAGUGGUAGCCCUUUGUAUAACACAAGAGUUGUACUUCGACAGCUUUCUAGUGCUCAAGCUCAACGUAGAGGGAAACGAGCAAUAGAGGUAUUGAAGAAGCUGGUUCGGCGUAAACUGCUUUAUCAUUCUUACUCGAUGCAAGUUCACGGUUAUGUCUCUUUGCCUGUAAAUGUUGAUAAUAGUGGUUCAUUUAUCCUAGUCCAUGGGUAUCAUGGUAGUUUUUCUUUGAGACACUGGCUUCAACAGUCAGAUUGGCUUCCAACUUUAGAGGCCACUCUUGCACUGGAUGAAGAAUCUGUUAGGAAGGUAGGAGAAGAUACAACUGGAGGUCCUGCAGUUUCUAGGCAGUUGCGACUUAUUCGAAUAUUGAUGAGGGAUCUUCUUAUUGGGGUAAAUUACCUGCACAGCCACGGUCUUGCCCAUACAGAGUUGAGGCUAGAAAAUGUGCAUAUAAGUCCAAUAGACAGACAUAUCAAAGUAGGUAUAUUGGGUAAUGCUGCCGACUUUUACAAGGAUGGUUCAAAUAGUAGCUCUUUGGACAAGUUGGACAGGCGACAGAUGAUGAUUGCAUUUGACAUGAGAUGCAUGGGCUUCAUAAUGGCUAAAAUGGUAAUGCGGGAACUUAUGGAUCCUUUGAUUUAUGCAAAGUUCAAAUCGUUCCUCACAAAGGGGCAUGAUCCUUCAUGUUUGCGAGAGUUUAUGUUGGAAAUUCUUGGCAGAAGUUCCGUGUAUGGAAAUGCUGGAUUUCAAAUCCUUGAUAGGAACUGGGGAGCUGGUUGGCACCUUUUAUCUUUAUUGCUUGCAACUAAACCUUCUCAAAGGAUAAGUUGUCUGGAUGCUCUUAGACACCCAUUCCUUUGUGGACCAAGAUGGCGAGUAGUUCCGUCAAUGGAUAUUAUUAGAUGGGGUCUGGGUUCUACUGCAAUGCGUAUUAGUGAGGAGUACAUUUAUCGUGAGCCUCAGCGUAGCAGGCUUGCCCACUUCAUUGACUUAAUGGAGAUGCUGAAUCCCCAUCCAAAGCCAAAGAACUGGCUGGAGCUGCUUCCAGGCAAAUGGCGUCUAUUAUACUGCACUGGGAAGCAUAUCGGCCUGACCCUUCGGCAACCUCCUCUCCGAGCACUCGUUGGCAAUGUGCACUUAACUGUGACAAGAGCAUCAAAAUUGAAAGCUAAUCUUUCAUUCGACUCCGACAUUGGAUUCUCUGUCAUGGUUGGUCAGGACUGGCCUCAUGACAAAGCAGGUAAGAGUGGAAGAUUGCAGGUGAAUUCUUCAUUUACACUAACAGCCGGAAGACGGUUAUAUUUGAAGCAAGACAAGACCACAGAGAAGUUCUUCAGUGGCCCUUCCAGCAAUGUGGAGGCUUUAGCUCAGAAAUUUACAGGCAAGAAAUGGAGAAAAAUAAUCCCUUUCAAGGAGUUUCCGUCAAGUCUUCCGGCAGCCAAGCUUGCAUCAAGUGAUAUUGAUGUGACGAUGAAUGUUGAUGCUCCAUUAAAUCAAAACAUUGAUACUGCAAAAAAUGUUCUACAAGAACUAAGAACACAAAUUCCACCAGAAAUAUUUGAUUUGUCAAAGCUUGUGUGUGGAACUUAUGUGGACUCAAGGCUGCUUGUCCUCAGAGGGGUUAAUGGAUCUGCGCUCCUAUUCACAAGGUCUUUUGUAGAUAGAAACUUUUCUAGUUAGUUGUUGUUGUAGCAGAUUUAAAGUCAUUAUUUGCCUGUAUAUUUUUCCUUUCGAUUGUAUAGCUUUGUCGAUUGUAAUCUGAAAUGAACCCCAAGAUGUAGUUGUCCCUCCUUAGCUCCCUUUAUUUUAUGUUUGAUUGUUAACUGUAAAAACUGUAUUUUAUUCAAGUAUUUAGUAAAUAAUUGUUAGAUGGUAA